AUGCUGUCUCACUCUGAACAUCUCCGUAUCACCGGAGACAUGGAGGCUACCGGAAGGACCGCGGGGGCACCGGACGCGCUGGACUUCACGGUGGAGAACGUAGAGAAGGCUCUCCACCAGCUGUACUACGACCCCAACAUAGACAACAAGAACAUGGCCCAGAAGUGGCUCAUGCAGGCUCAGGUGUCUCCUCAGGCCUGGCAGUUCUGCUGGGCCUUACUGAGCCCAGAGAAGGUACCAGAGAUCCAGUACUUUGGAGCCAGCGCGCUUCACACAAAGAUCUCCCGCUACUGGUCUGACAUCCCCUCCGACCAGUACGAGUCUCUGAAGACCCAGCUCUUCUCCCAGAUCGCCUGCUUCUCCUCCAGCUCCAAGAUGGUGCUCACCCGGCUCUGUGUGGCAUUGGCCUCUCUGGCCCUCAACACCAUGCCGGAGGCCUGGCCCGGCGCCGUGGCUGAGAUGGUGCGGGUGUUCCAGGAGGAGGGGGGAGGGGUGGACGGGCGGGCCCGGUGCCUGGCUCUGCUGGAGAUGCUCUCAGUCAUGUCUGAGGAGUUCCAGACCAGCCGCCUGCCGCAGUACAGAAAAGGACAGGUGCGGGGGGCUCUGGGCCGGGAGUGGGGGGCCGUGAGUCCUCUGCUGCAGCAGUUGCUGCGGCGGGCCGACAGCCCGGGGGCGGUGAAGGCCCGUGUUCUGCGCUGCCUCUCCUCCUGGGUGCUGCUGGACGUUCCUCUCAACGAGAGCGAAGACCUGGUGCACGACAGCUUCAGCGCUCUGACCGACCCCGAGCUCUUUGACACGGCCGUGGAGGCCAUCGUCAACGCCAUCUCACAGCCCGACUCCCAAAGAUAUGUGAACACCUUACUGAAGAUGGUUCCUCGGGUGCUGGCCCUCCAGGAGCAGCUGAGGGAGGCGGUGCAGACUGGAGAUAUGGAGACCUGUCAUGGUAUCUGCCGUAUCGCUGUGACUCUGGGAGAGAACCACUCCAGGACUCUGCUGGAGCAGGUGGACCAUUGGCAAAGCUUCCUGGCCUUAGUCAACAUGAUCAUGUUCUGUACCGGGGUCCCGGGUCACUACCCGGUCAACGAGACCACCAGCUCCCUCACUCUCACCUUCUGGUACACGCUGCAGGAUGAGAUCAUGUCCUUUGAGUCGGAUAAGCAGGCGGUGUAUCUGCAGGUUUACAGGCCUGUUUACUUCCAGCUGGUGGAUGUUCUGCUCCAUAAAGCCCAGUUCCCCUCGGACCAGGAGUACGAGUCGUGGUCCUCGGAUGAGAAGGAGCAGUUCAGGAUCUACAGGGUGGACAUCUCCGACACGCUGAUGUAUGUGUACGAGAUGCUGGGAGCAGAGCUGCUGAGUAACCUCUACGAGAAGCUGGGGAGGCUGCUGACCAACACGGAGCAGCCCACCUCAUGGCAGCACAUCGAGGCACUUCUCUACGGCUUCCAGUCCAUCGCAGAGACCAUCGACGUCAACUACUCCGACGUCAUUCCGGGCCUCAUCGGACUCAUCCCCAGGAUCAGCAUCAACAACGUGCAGCUGGCCGACACGGUGAUGUUCACCAUAGGCGCUCUGGCCGAGUGGCUGGCCGACCACCCGGUGAUGCUCAGCAGCGUCCUUCCUCUGGUGCUGCAGGCGCUCGGGAACCCGGACCUGUCGGUGUCUUCUGUCUCCACCCUCAAGAAGAUAUGCAGGGAGUGUAAAUACGACCUCCCGCCCUACGCCACCAACAUCGUGGCUGUGUCUCAGGAGGUUCUCAUAAAGCAGAUCCACAAGACGAGUCAGUGCAUGUGGCUGAUGCAGGCGCUCGGCUUCCUGCUCUCUGCUCUCCCCGUGGAGGACAUCCUGAGAAAUCUCCACUCCCUCAUCACCCCAUACAUCCAGCAGCUGGAGAAGCUAGCGGACGAGACGCCGAAUCCCUCCAAUAAGUUAGCGAUCAUCCACAUCCUGGGUUUGCUGUCCAACCUCUUUACGACGCUUGACAUCAGCAAACAGGACGACGAGUCAGCAGACAGCUCGGCGCCACCCGUGAAAGCAGCCCUGCCUCCACCUGGACCCAACCCAGUGGUGGUGGUGCUGCAGCAAGUGUUCGCUCUCAUUCAGACCGUCCUCAGCAAGUGGCUCAACGACUCUCAGGUGGUGGAGGCUGUGUGUGCCAUCUUUGAGAAGUCAGUGAAGACUCUGCUACACGACUUUGCUCCCAUGGUGUCUCAGCUCAGCGAGAUGCUGGGACAGAUGUACAGUACCAUCCCCCAGGCGCCAGCACUGGACCUCACGCGACAGAUGGUUCAUAUCUUUGCCAGUCAGACGGAUCACUUCCCUCCCAUCAAAGCUCUGUUUGAGCUGGUUACCUCGGUAACGCUGUCCAUCUUCCAGCAAGGACCCAGGGAUCAUCCUGAUAUUGUUGAUUCAUUUAUGCAACUCCAAGCUCAGGCCCUCAAACGCAAGCCCGACCUGUUCCUGUCUGAAGGGCUGGACGUGAAAGCAGUGUUCCACUGUGGAGUUCUGUCACUCAAAUUUCCUGAAGCUCCGACAGUCAAGUCAACGUGCUUGUUCUUUACCGAGCUGCUGCCCCACUGCUCAGAUGUUCCUCCUCUGGCCCGGGUGGUGCAGGAGGACGGUAAACUGCUGAUGCAAGCCUUGCUGGAGGGCGUUGGGGGCGGGGCCUCUCGCAGCCUGAUGGACCAGUUUGCUGAGGUGCUCUUCUCCCUGAACAAGCACUGCUUCUCUCUGCUCGCCAUGUGGCUCAAAGAAGCCCUGCAGCCUCCCGGCUUCCCGUCCUCGCGGGUCACCGCUGAGCAGAAAGACAACUUCUCUCACCAGAUACUCCGAGAGCGAGUGAACAAAAGGAGGGUGAAGGACAUAGUGAAGGAGUUCACGCUGCUGUGCAGAGGUCUCCACGGGACGGAGUACGCCGCCGAAUACUGAACCUCCACCAUUGAACUGUUGCCCAACCGCGACCUCUGCCCUCAGCGCCGCCAGCUGGAUGCCACAACAACAACAACAACAACAACAACCCAGUGCUCACAAGACAUCGUGGAAUGAUUGUAAUGAUGAGGACAAGAGGAGGAGCCCCUCCUUGUCCUCUGAUUUGAUUGGACGAGCUUCUGUCUCCUUCUAGAUCUUCCUGUGGUCCUCUAGGUUGUUUCCUGGUGAUUAGCAUCAAUAUGAAAUGUGGUAUCGUACGUAGCUACUUGACAUUAACUGAUCAAAUGAAUUCUAUAAAUGUAUACGUGUAGAUGGCUGAGUCCUGCUGCUGAAGGAGGGGAGAACAUUAGCAACACUUUACUUUACUCCUAAACCUGCUGAUCUCCGCGUUUGCCAAAUUGUCAUGAAAUGUUUUGUGAAUUGGUCCUUUUUUGCCUUUUUUGGGGGUUUUGAGUAUAAAAAGAAGUGAAGAUGA